UCCUUCGUUGACGCUUUAGUAGGGGAAUUCCCUGUACAGACUGAUAUGACAUCAUUCUAAGCAAAAUUUUCCCAAAACAGUUACUUACUUCCUAGUUUGAUUCUGUGCUGCGCAUUCCAUAUCAAAUACAAUGGAUGAUCAGCCCUCGCUUUCAAUGUCGUCUUCAUCGUCCUCGUUGUUUGAGAAGCCAGAAUUUAACGAGACAGAAACAAAUGAUGUCACUUACGGAGCUAUGUGCGUUGUUUUGCAACAAGAUGGAUUUCAAUCCAACCAAAUCGAAGCAGCUGGGAUCCAACGCGAUGGUCGACAAUCACUAAUCGAAGAGCUAGCGAAUACAAUUUGUCGAAUCACAGACGAGGUGGGGAGAGACGAAGAGUUCAAGCAGACGAUCAACAGACUGAAGGUUUCCAACGAACAGCACGCGUACGAGGUGUUUCGUGACGCCUCGUGGAACGUGGCAUUUCGCUCUGGUCGUGCGAUCACGUGGACGCGAGUGGCAGGCCUACUCGUUUUGGCUGGAAAACUGGCCUCCAAGGUCCUUUCGCUGGCUGCCAACGUCGUGCGUCUCAUCCGCAUCAUCACUUCAUGGGUGAGCAGGUUUAUCAGAGAUUACCUGUGGAGCUGGAUUGCAGACAGUGGUGGAUGGACUGGCCCAGGAGAGUCGGAAGAAUUGCAGCAAUUGCAAGUGGCUCCGCAAAAGAUUUCAACGGGUCAAGUCGUAUUUGUUGCUGGUGUUGCCAUAGCAGCACUUGCAGUGGGUGUUUUCAUUGGUCGUAGUCUUCAAUAGAUUGACUAUUUUGUACAGUGCAGUUAUGUAUUUAGAUGUAUGUAUGCACUAACUGUAUGUAUCAUUCUCAUAUAACUUUUGUGCUUAUGUUGUUUAUUCAAUAACAAAAUCAAACAUCUGA